AUGGUUCUCGUGCAGUGCCUGCUGUGGGCCACUCUUUGGGUGUGUCAGGCAAUAGCAGGACAAUGCCCUAAGGAGUGUAGCUGUAGCCGGAAACCACCCAUCAGUCGCACGGAGGUGGACUGUUAUCGGCAGGGCCUGAAGACAAUGCCAGCAAAGCUGCCUGAGGAUUCCUGGGCUCUGAGGAUGGGUCAGAACCAGCUGCAAACCCUUCCUGCUAAACUCCUUCAAGGAACGCCACAAAUUGAGAGCAUCAAUUUUGAGCACAACGCCAUCAGAUCAAUCCAUCCCCAGGCCUUCUCUGGUGCCACCCAACUAAUACUGGUUAAUCUCCAUGGCAACCAACUCACCAGGCUUCCACGAAAGGCCUUCCAGGGUCUGUCCAGGCUUCGCUUCUUGAUGCUGGGCCAAAACCAUUUUAGUUCCAUCAAACCAGGGGCAUUUUACGGCCUCCAUAACCUGUCUGACUUGGACAUGCCACUAAAUGAUAUCACUUCACUGCCGCCCAAUGUCUUCCAGCAUUACUGA